AUGGUGAUGAGAACGAAAGGACUUCAGUUGUUCAUUUUCAGCGCAGUUCUGGUAACUGUUCAUGCCCUCACUGUGGAAACACCUGUAAAGAAAGUAGAGGUGGCACGAGGGAACAAUGCUACUCUCCCCUGUAAUUUUAAUACUGAUGCUUCCAUCAGCGUGGGAGACUUCGUUAUCUGGAGGAAAAUCAACAGUGCGGAUGAUGCUGUCAUUAGGUAUUUUGAUGGACUUGUACAGUAUGGCAAGGGCUAUGAGAAUCGUAUACAGUUCACUGGUGAUGUAGAUAAAGGGGACAUCAGCAUCACCAUCAAUGCAGCAAUCAUGGAAGACAACGGUACGUUCACAUGCAAUGUUCGUCUUCGGAACGACCCUCCCAGGCAGACUGCAUUGAUGACUCUCUUAGUCCUUGUUGCACCAUCCAAGCCAGAAUGCAAGAUUUUGGGGACAGCAGAAUAUGGGCAGACAAUUAAUCUGACCUGCAUUUCUCAUGAAGGUUCCCCAAAACCCACAUAUGCCUGGCAAAGCUACAAUGUACAAAACCAACUCCGUUCACUACAAACACCAGAAGGAGAACAGUUAACUCUAAAGAACAUCUCAGCAGAUACCUCUGGCUUUUACAUCUGCACUUCAAGCAACAGAGUAGGAAAGGAAUUCUGCAACAUCACAGUCAGCGUUAUGCCACCAUCCAUGAACAUUGCCCUUUAUGCUGGCAUCAUUGGUGGUAGUGUUGUGGCAAUUAUAGUUAUUGGUAUUUUAGCCUAUUGCUGCUGCUGUCGGGAACACAAGGACAAGGACUACGAGAUGACGGAGAGAGAAGAUAGAAAUGAACCCUCCCAGGAGGAGCCUACGAGGAGUCGGAGAGCAGACAAUGAUUUUGAGGAUGAAUGA